UAUUUAAAACCCCAGGACUAAUUGGCAGAAAACUUAUUUAUAAUCAAGAAGUUAGCAUCCCCAUGUGAUUUAUUUUACUUUAGGGUGGCCAAUUACAACUGCUAUGUUUGACUUAAUACUGAUCUUGAGCAGUGAUCAGUUAGAUUCCAAAUUCUAGAUUACUGAAGUUUGUUUGGCUUCAUUACAAUAAGUCAACCCACACGUAAAACCUUUUCUUUAAAAUUUAAUUUAUGUGAUAUAAAAAUCAGUGUUUGUAAGUAUUUAUUUUCACUUUGAGCUUCUAAAUCAACGUGCGUGCAUGUAACAUUAGGUAUAUACUUAACUUAUGUCCAAAGCCAUUCUCUUAUACUAUUGCUGCUGUCUCGAGUUAUGUUCAAACAUCAAGCACCAGAAAGAAAAUCACGAAAUCCAAUAUAAAUCCAAAGCCAGAGAUAUGUAGUAUAUGUUAUAAUUUGAGUUUAGCAAAAAAAAAAAUGUUACAAUUUGAGUUUACAUUUUUAUGCCUAUUCAACCCAUCAAAUCUUGUGCUAUGGAAUUGGAAACCAAUAUAAAAUCAUUGCAGCUUUGAUAUUUCAUGUAGUCGGUAAAAAGAACAUAUAAGUUAGGUACUAGUCUCUUCAUUUGCUUGUUUUUAUUACCUAGCUACUUUGCUUGUUUUCACCUAUUUCAUUUGAUUUCGAAUAAAGGCAUCCUUUAGUAUAUGGCUGUUCAUCUCUGUUUUAUGUCACAAGUCUCAUGUUCUACUAUUGAAUUUCUAGAUUUAACAGCUAUUAAAUGUGUACAUGAUUUAUAAAGUACUUUUACAAUAUAAAUUGAUCAUGAUCGUAUGUGUAAUAUAGAAAAAUGAUCGUAUGUAUAUCUUAUAAAAUUUAACCUGCAGCCUAUACAGUAUAUGAUGCAACAUGAAUGAGCAUAAUUAGUUUGCAUGGCACGAGCUAAUUACAACUUGGCUGGACCUACCGUUACUUUUACCCGUUCUUCAAUUUGAAUUUCUCAGUAAUCUUUGAUAAAACGUUCUAAAUUUUCGAUAACUAAUGAUUUUUUUCUAUAAUAAAUGGAUCAUUUUAUUUCUCUUCUCUCUCUUCCAAUUUAAAAUGUCGCUCCCGCAAAGUCUGCCUGCAUUCUCUUAACGUCUUCUCAUUCUCUCUCUAGCUGCUCACUCCUUCCUUUUUUCACAGAAAACUAUUUUCAUUCAACUCCAUAUUCCUGGAAUUUUCUUGAAACUAUUGUUGCAAUGGAUAAGAUCCGAUCCGGACAGGAUCCAAAAGCGGCAUUGGUCUCAGAGAUUUGUUCGCUGUCGAGAUCGCCGAUCGCUUGCAUUCACAUCAACGGCAACUCCGUUUCAUGUUUCAUCGACUGGUAUCUCAUUCUCGGUAUCCAGGAAGAUGCAGAGGUCAAGCUCAUACGUAAACGAUAUCACAAACUAGCUAUGAAGGUUCAUCCCGAUAAAAACAACCACCCAAAAGCAGAUAUUGCUUUUAAGCUCAUCCACGAGGCUUAUUUAUGUCUUACAGACGAAACAAAGAGAAGAUGCUUCAACACAGACCGACAAAAGAACAUAUGUCUGAAAUGCAGCCGUCUCCCACACAAAACCAAAGAGAAUCGCCCAGAUACUAAACCGAACCGGUUCUGCCAAGCCCUCAGGAACAUUAGGGAUAAAUUUAGAGAAGAGAACAAGGUGAUAGAGAGAUGUCUAAAGACAAACAGUGCAAGAUUCAUGGGGAACCUAACUGAGGAAACCCCGGUUUUCGGUAUACCGAACCUAAACCGGUUUAGUAAGGAGUUACCGGUUUUUAAUCCGACGGAUUACAAAUUACGGGGUUAUCCACAUGUGAGAAAUCGAGUGUUGGACAACAACUUGUCGGAUUGGAAGAUGUUCAUGAGAAGCAGAUCCACAUGUGUUCACUCCUCAUGAUGAUAAUUUUUUUCCUUUCUUAUUAUUUAUAAUUCUUCUUUACUUUUAGGUCUAUUAAGCUAAGAAAGCAACUACUGGCUUUAGUAGAUUUAAUGAAUUAUUUCAUUGCUCAAAGUUCAAACCGAUAAAUCUUUCUAUAACAGAUAAUCAUCAUAUGUAA